CAGAAUUUCCCUUUCUUUUGUGCCACAAAACAAGCAUACACCAAACCCAGCCUACGGGACCAAGGAGCGGGGAGAGCGUGAACGACGACCAUGGAAGCCGAGGCCUUCCCGAUACGGUUCACCAAGGGCAUACGGUCCUACUGGCGCCGGAGCAAGUACCAGCGCGUGGACGGCGGCACGGCGGGCCGGGGCACGCGCCACCUGGUGCGGCUCGGGGACGGCGGCGGCAGCGGUGACCACAAGGCGUGGGGCGUGCGGCUCGGCGGCAUGUUCCGUGUGCGCGUCAAGGCGCCGGCCUCGGCCGUGGCCGCGGCGAAGGCCCCGACGCGCGUGCUCGGGCGGAUAAGGGACGCAUACGUGGACGCCAUGCUCGGCGCGGCCAAGAAGCACUCGGCGACGACGCACACGCUGCCGAGCGGGCAGGUCCCGGAGGCGCUGUGGCAGAAGCGGGUGCCCGUGCGCCGGUCGCGCAGCCAGGCGCAGGUCCGGCAGAAGGCGGAUGAGCUGGGCCAGAGGCUCGUCCUCGAGAUGUACAAGUCCGUGCGCGCGUCGAGGGACCUCGCCGGCAUGCUCGAAGCAUCUAGGGCGCGCUAGCAUGGAUGCACCGCAUCGGCGACUUGGAGGAAGGCAAACCAUGUGUUGCAUGCUUGUAUAGUGUAUGCGUGAGCUCGGGAAGAUCAGUUGGUGACAUGUAAAUGUAAUCUGCUCAUAACAAUCGGGCUUUGCUCUGCUGUAAAUUAUUGAUAAUUCCAUGAC